AUGGAGAUAAACGUGAUUUCAGAGGUUGAUAUCGGACGACCGGCUCUCAUGAAAGAGAUUCCAUUCAUGAAAGCUAUUGAUGAAAUUUUGGACAAUUUUUGA